UGUGACUCCUUCCACUAUGUACUUGAGACUCAAUUGGACUUCAAUGGAGUGGCAAUAAGUUGAGAGUCAUUUCUUUAUCCACCUUGGAUUGUUUUACUGUACAGACUUUAGAGGCUUAAAGGGACCUGGUAUUUCAUAAGAACAAAGAAUUUGAAAUAUACUUUUUUGUUUUUUUUAACAGAGGUAUCUGAAGUACCUACAGUACAGGUUUGUUCUGACAGUGGAUAAAAGUUUGUGUUUAUAUUGAAGAUUUCCAAUUUGGGACUUCAAUGCAUGUGCACUGGAUGCAUAUAUAUAUAUAUAUAUAUAUAUAUAUAUAUAUAUAUAUAUAUAUAUAUAUAUAUUAUAGCAUUAAAAAUAUCUGCUGUUGUUAGGGUUGGACUGCUUCUACACACGUCUGACUCCUCCCUCCUUUCGCUACGUCAAUACGCACCACGCUCUGAUUGGCUGUUUUCUUCGUGGCAUGGCAACCAGAAGAGGCUUUACCAAACAGAUAGCCCCCGCCCUCACCACCAACAAGCCUUCGAGCUAGCAGCAGUCGCUAACUCUUUCUUGUUUUCUGGAGACACUUCAACCGCCCAAAUAGCGCUGCCAUGUCCUCAAGGACUCUGCCGCUGCUCUUCAUCAACCUCGGCGGGGAGAUGCUGUACAUCCUGGACCAGCGGCUGCGCGCUCAGAACAUCCCCGCUGACAAGGCGAAGAAAGUAAUGAAUGACAUCAUCACCACCAUGUUCAACAAGAAGUUCCUGGAGGAGCUUUUCAAGCCGCAGGAGCUUUACUCCAAGAAGGCCCUGCGCACUGUGUUCGACCGGCUGGCCCACGCAUCCAUAAUGAGACUCAAUCAAGCCAGCAUGGACAAGCUCUACGACUUGAUGACCAUGGCUUUUAAGUACCAGGUGCUUCUGUGUCCCAGACCGAAGGACAUCCUCCUUGUGUCCUUCAACCACAUGGACGCAAUCAAGGACUUUGUGAAAGACACUCCCAGCAUUCUCAGCCAGGUUGAUGAGACCUAUCAACAGCUCAUCGAGAUGUACUCGUCCUUGUGUAGUGGUGAAUUCCAGCUGAUCAGACAAACUCUUCUAAUCUUCUUCCAAGACAUGCAUAUAAGGGUGUCCAUUUUCCUGAAGGACAAAGUACAGAACUCCAAUGGCCGCUUUGUACUUCCCACCAGUGGUCCUGUGCCUCAUGGGACACAAGUCCCAGGCUUGAUAAGGAUGUUUAGCUGUGCGGGGGAAGAAACGAACCGGCUGCAGUUCACGAAUGGAGGAAACUAUACCGCUGCUGUCCGGGAAGGAUCUUUUGAGAUUUUUGGAGACAGGGUCACCAAACUAGGCACAAACAUGUACAGUGUCAGUCGUCCAGUGGAAACACACAUGUCAGGAACGUCUAAAAAUUCUGCUCAGCACACUAAGGUAAAUGCUGCUCCCAACCCUCUGGCCAAAGAAGAACUGAAUCUAUUGGCCAAAUUAAUGGGAGGGUUGGAAGUUCAGAAACCAGGAAACACGGACAGCGGUUUCCGAGUCAACCUCUUCUCUACAGACGAGGAAGAAGAAGAGGCAUUAAUAUCAAGACCAGAUGAGCUUGCGUACGGAGUCAUUAAUAUCCAAGCAACAAAGGACCAACAGGCCAAUGCAGAGUUGACUAAGAUCAUGGGAGAGUUCACCGAGUCUGGAGAUCAAUCUCCCAGCUCCAGCAAAGGAGACGACCUUCUGGCCAUGAUGGACGGUCUGUGAUGCGUCACCGAGAACGGGAAACGACCAAGGGGAUAGGGAACAACGCGUCGUCAGCUGUCUGCGCUGCUGCUUCGCAGGCCAGUCUGCUGUCUGUACUGUACCUGCAAAAAAGCGCAGCAGGAACCUCACGUGCAGCCAGAAAAACCUUGUUUGUUUGUUUUUGUUUUUUAAAUGUAGUCUGCGCGUUUCAACUGGUCGUCAAAUGACCGACAGCAAAUUUGCACAAAUAACAAUGGCAAAUGUGUCAAGAGCCGGACUUUGAGCUUUACUACACUGUAAUAAUAUGUUUGCUGUAAACUGAGAAAGAGGUUCACUGCAUCAAGAUAGACGGUAGGCCCAUAUCGGUGUGUUGAACAUGUGUAUGUGGUGCAAGCAAAACAUCUGUUUGUUUAAGGUAAAGGUGUCACUUUUUGUUUUUGCUGUACGCAAAAUACACAUUCCUUUACUUUCACAUAUGAUUUUCAGGUUUAUAGUCUGUACUUCUUUAUUACAUAGUAUGAAGAGGGAGUUUACCUCUUCUGUGUUCAAGCAAACAAGUGAUUGAAUAAUGCUGUGGUGGGGAAAAGGAAACCCAAGUGCUCUUUCUUCCGCAAUUCGAAUUCCCUCAAGACUUUAUUUUGGUAAGAAAUGUAUUUAUCUGACAUCACAACUGUUCUACCCUAAAACAGUAUGAGAAGCAACUGUUCACAUAUGGCCCAGAAAUGUACAUCAUUAUAAUUGAGAACAAUGUAAUAUAAGGAAUUGUCUAAUAUGUAAAUAUGUUUAUUGUACAAAUUAUUUAUUUAAUUCACUAUCAUUUUCUGUGCAUAGGGAAGUGCAUAUUGCUGCAAUUGUCAAAUUGUUGAAUGUGCAAUGUAGGAUUUUUAAUAAAUUGUUCAAUUCA